AAAACGUUUCUAUGCUUAUAUAUUUCCUUGGACUUAAAUCUGGUUCUUCAUCACCAAAACUUUAGGAUGGUAAAAGCACAACUUUCGUUGUUUUGGCUCAUGGCCCUUUCUUUUUUCCUAUCAUUCCCUGAUUCUUGCAUCGCUAAACUUCCAAUUCCUAAAGAUUGUGGCUCUUCCUACUGUGGAAACGUUACCGUCAAUUUCCCUUUCCGAUUAAAAAGCCAGCUUCCCGAGUGUGGUUACCAUAACCUGGAACUGGAAUGCGACAACAACAAUCGCACCACUUUUGUGUUUGUUGGGGAGAAAUUGUACGUCCAACAGAUCUCUUAUGAAAACCAAACAAUACGAGCUAUGUUUAUGGUGGAUCAUGAGAGACCGAGCAGAGACAAUUGCUCUCUUCCUCGUAAUAUUAUUAGAUAUCUAUUUGAUUAUUUGUAUUUAAAUUCAACAGCCGACCUAUACGUUCGUUUAAAUUAUCCUCAUAGUUACAUGUAUCUAGUAAAUUGCACAACAGCAAUGAAAUCUUCCCUAUAUGUCAAUGCCUCUCGUUGCUCCAACAGCUAUUCUCAUCCGCCUUCCUACUUCUAUUUUUUAAAUGAAAACACCCGGUCGUCCAAUUUCAAUCCAUCUUGCAUAGUCAUAGCCAAGGUUCCAAUCAUGCUUAAGAAUAUUACAGGUCUGUCUACUUCGGAUAUUUAUGAACAGCUAUUACUGGGCUAUGAACUGAUAUGGGAUUACUACAACUUCCACGCAUGGCGCGAUGAUUCAUUAAUCCGACAGAUAUUGCCAGAUUUGGGAUAUGCCUUGAAAAUCUAUGUGGACAGCUUUGUGCAUUUCCUUUUUAAGGGUCCUUAUGUAUUUUACAAUGAUGGUGAUCAAACUAGACUUACAUAUAUUCUUUGUGUUGGAAUAACAGGAGGAAUUGCUUUAGCAAGAAUGUUGCUGGGGAUAUCUAUUUUGAUUGCGGUUGUUACAUACAAAUUACGAAGAAGACACUUAUCUGCUGAUGAUACCAUUGAAGAGUUUCUUCAAAGUCAAAACAACUUUAUACCGAUUAGGUAUUCUUACUAUGAAAUAAAAAGAAUAACUAGUGGUUUCAAAGAUAAAUUAGGAGAAGGGGGUUAUGGUUCAGUGUUUAAAGGAAAACUUCGUAGCAAUCAUCUUGUGGCAGUAAAGUUGUUAGGCAAAUCAAAAGCUAAUGGACAAGAUUUCAUUAGUGAAGUUGCAACAAUUGGGAGGAUUCAUCAUGUCAACAUUGCGAAACUUAUUGGGUUUUGUGUUGAGGGGUCAAAGCAAGCUCUUGUAUAUGAUUUCAUGGCAAAUGGUUCCUUAGAUAAAAUCAUAUUUUCUGGAGAAAAUAAGAUCAGUUUAAGCUGGCAGAAAAUGCUUGAUAUUGUGCUAGGAGUUGCUCGAGGAAUUGACUAUUUACAUCGAGGAUGUGACAUGCAAAUUUUACAUUUUGAUAUCAAGCCUCAUAAUAUUCUUCUUGAUGAGAAUUUCAACCCCAAAGUUUCAGAUUUUGGUCUGGCAAAAUUGUAUUCAGUAGAUGAUAGUAUUGUCUCUCUUACUGCAGCACGAGGUACACUGGGAUAUAUCGCUCCUGAAUUGGUCUACAAAAACAUUGGAGGCAUCUCAUAUAAGGCUGAUGUUUAUAGUUUUGGGAUGCUAUUAAUGGAAAUUGUGGGAAGAAGGAAAAAUUUGAAUGCGUUUGCUGAACAAUCAAGUCAGAUAUACUUCCCAUCAUGGAUAUAUGAUCGAUUUGAGCAAGGAGAGGAAAUAGAAUUGGGAGAUGUUACGGAUAAUGAGAAGACAAUCUUGAGGAAGAUGUUAGUAGUAGCUUUUUGGUGUAUACAAAUGAAGCCUCCUAGUCGUCCUUCAAUGUCAAAAGUAUUGGAGAUGCUGGAAACUGAUACUGACUUGCUUGAAAUGCCUCCAAGACCUUUUCAGUUUCCUUUUGACGCAUCAACUAAGGAUCAUGGUGGAGACAAUCCAAUUGAUGAGCCAACUACAUCACUUGAUGCUACGAAUGAAAUUAGCUUAAAUAUAGUGUAAACUAGUGAUGGUGCAUUUCAUUUUGUCCUCUAUAAAGUUUUAUAAUUUUAUGCCUAGCUUGCUACUGAAGCCAUUUAUAUAGCAAUUUACAGUAUAAUUUUUUAUGUAAUAUACUUUUGGGAAACAAUUAAUAUAUGGUUAGGGAUAUACCCAAGUGAGGGUACUUUUUCAUGGUGGUCUGAACACCAGAAUUUGCUAUAACAUGAUAUGAGCGUUCUGUUGCACUGUUUGCAGAAGUUAUAGAACCAAUCAUUCAAAACAUCUAUAUCGUGUAUCCUGGCUUCACAUGUGCAUCUUUUACUGUCUGCAUUAGAGAGUGAUAUGAAAUUUCUAAGAAUCAUGUGUUUUUAAUAAUCAAGAUGCAUGAUGAAAUAAAAUUUGGUAAGUUAGAACAUACCAGAGCUACGGCUGGAUCGAGCUCUAGAAGUUGUUCAAUUGUCAUUCAUUCUUUUUUUUUUUUCUUUUCCUUUUUUACGGGAAGUCGAUCAUCAAUCUUCAUCUCUAGUAAAUUGACCACUGAAUUUUCAGCUUCAAAUCUGGAGAAAGGGAAUGAUUAGUGUUCUUUAUUGGAGAAAGGGAGAACAGACCAGGAUUGCACGCCCGCAAAUUAUAUUAGCAAUGAUAAUUAAUGCAAUUUAUGGUUAAAUUCAAUAUUUAAAAAAGGUUGGAGUACUUUUUAAUUCAAAAACAAAUUUAAAGAACUUGGCUAAGAUUUUUAAAUCAAGUACG